AUGGAUCGCAAGUGGUUGUGGAAAAAGAAGUCUUCUGAGAAGAGCUCUGGAGAAACUGACAGUUCAGGUUCAGUAUCUUCACACUCUGAGAGGUACUCUGAUGAACAGGAAGCACUUAAGGCAUCUCCUAAUCAUGACACUCAAUCACCCGAAGUCACAUCAAAAGCUGCAUCCAAUGCUGAAGAUGUUAAUGAUAGUGUGAAGAGUCUAACAGAGAGAUUAUCAGCUGCUCUUGUGAAUGUUAGUGCCAAAGAAGACUUGGUGAAGCAGCAUGCCAAAGUUGCUGAAGAAGCGGUUGCAGGCUGGGAAAAGGCUGAAAAUGAGGUGACCGUUUUUAAGCUAGAACUUGAAGCUACAAUGCAGCAAAACUCAGCCCUGGAAGAUCGGGUAAGCCAUCUUGAUGGGGCCCUCAAGGAAUGUGUAAGGCAGCUUAGACAAGCAAGAGAGGAGCAGGAACAAGCCAUACAGGAAGCUGUGGUGAAGAAAACCCGUGAUUGGGAGUCUACCAAAUUAAAGCUUGAAAGUCAAAUUAUUGAGCUCCAGAGAAAAGCGGAAGCUAAUAGAUCUGAAGUUUCUGCUUUUGUGGAUCCUCAUCUUUCUCAUAAGCUUCAAUCUUUGGAAAAAGAAAACUCAGCCCUUAAGCUUGAGCUACUGUCUCAAGCAGAGGAGUUGGAAAUCAGGACAAUUGAGACGGACUUAAGUACUCAAGCAGCUGAAACAGCCAGUAAGCAACACUUGGAGAGUAUAAGGAAGGUUGCAAAGCUUGAAGCUGAGUGCCGGAGGCUAAAAGCUUUGGGUUGCAAAAUACCUUUAGUUCAUGAUCAUAAAUCCAGUGCUGCUUCCUCAAUUUAUGUGGAGUCUUGCAUGGAUAGUCAGUCGGACAGUGGAGAACGGCUAAACAUGAUGGAGAUAGAUUCUCAAAAGAUGAAUGGCUCAGAGCCAAACAAGCGUGACCUGAAUUUCUCUGACUCGUGGGCGUCAGCCCUGGUUGCUGAGCUUGAUCAAUUCAAGAAUGAAAAGGCUGUUAACAGAAAUUUGCCGGCCUCUUCUGUUGAUAUUGAUCUCAUGGAUGAUUUUCUUGAGAUGGAACGACUUGCUUCAUUGCCACAGACUGAGAUUGGAACUAGUUGCCUAGAAUCAGAAGCCAUAAUUAAUCAGUCCAAUAAUGAAGAAAGUGCCUUGAGAGCUGAACUUGAAGCCAUGAGUCUUCGGACAGCUGAAUUAGAGGAUAAGUUAGAAAAUUUGGAAGUAGAGAAAGAAAAGUUGGAGGUAGAGAAAGCUGAACUUGAAGCUAUGAGUCAUCGAACAGCCGAACUAGAGCACAAGUUAGAAAAGUUGGAAGUGGAGAAAGAAAAGCUGGAAUUAGAGAAAGCUGAACUACGAACUGCUUUAGCCAAAAGUCAAGAAUGUUUUGAGGCAGUAGAGUUUCAGCUAAAAGAAGCAGAAAUGAAGUUGGAGGAGUUACAAAAGGAGCUAAAUAGUGCAAGAGAAUCAAAACAGACUAUUGAGUCUCAGCUGAUUAGCAUGGAAGCAGAGGCGCGGACCAUGUCUGCUAAGGUUAAUUUCUUAGAAGCAGAGGUUCAAAGGGAGAGGACUUUAUCAGCAGAAAUUGCUGUCAAAUGUCAAAGUUUAGAGGAAGAGCUAUCAAGAAAAAAUGAAGAAGUCAAUCUUCAGAAAAAUGCUUGCUCAAAUGGUGAAUUGAAGAUAAAGCAGGAAGACCUAGCUGUAGCUGCUGGAAAGCUUGCCGAGUGUCAGAAGACAAUAGCAUCUCUUGGGAAUCAACUGAAAUCUCUAGCAACACUAGAAGAUUUCCUGAUUGACACUGCAAACAUACCAGGGUUCUCUGCUGUUGCACCACAGAUACCUAAAGCUGAUGACCAGUGGAAGUUUCAUUCCAAUGUGACAUUUUCACCUAAAAGAGAUUCUGUGUCAAAACCAACCGAUGAGAGUUGUGGUCCUUCAGUAAAUAGAAAUGAGGAUACUUCACCACCAUCUUCAUCUUCAUCAACCUCAUCUACUGUAUUGUCAACUCAUGUCAGUUCUGAGAAGAAUCGAAACGGGUUCGCAAAGUUCUUCUCUCGAACUAAGAGUGGGAUACGACUAGAAAUUUAG